AACGUAGUUAAUUGCUAACUAGUCUUCAAUUUUGGCAACUACAUUGAUGUAAAAUAUUUAGUGGUUUUGUUUUUUGUUACGUGGCACCUCGCGCGUGAAAUUUAUACCGGCUGAUGACUGUCAUAUCUUACAUGUAACGGGCUCUAGAAGUUCAAUAAGAAUCAUUUUAACGAUAAUAUCAAUUGUCAAAACCAUUUUGGUCGCAAGGAGAAGUUUUACCAAGAGUAUUUUAACAGCAGAAAGGCAAACCAAGAGGCAGUGUUUUUCUUCUUCCAGCUGGCCUGAAAUAUUGAGCUUCGGCGUUUGCUUAUUAAAUAUACAAGUAUGGUAAAUUGAGAGCUUGUGGAAAUAACGAAAUAGUAUAUUGAAAUUCAACAAUGGCAGAUAUGAAGAAUGGAGAAACAAAAAGUGCGGAUGUUGUUUCAAAUGAACCUAUCAGUGUAACAUUUGCCGAUGUAACAUCAGCUCCGUAUAGGAUCAGAGAUGGUGUUCCUCAAACUCCGUGCGAGCACUCAAAGAUGUCAGAACCACUUGGUAUGGAAGUUUUCUUCAAAAAAGAUUAUCUCUUGCACACAGGAAGUUUCAAGGAAAGAGGGGCAAGGAACACCUUGGUCAUGUUAUCAGAUAAACAAAAAGAGAAAGGUGUGAUAGCAGCAUCUGCAGGUAACCAUGCACUAGCUCUAUCAUACCAUGGUCAACAGCUUGAAAUCCCUGUUACUGUGGUUAUGCCUACAAAUGCACCAAUAAAUAAGAUUGCGUCCUGUCGGAAGUAUGGAGCGAAUGUUCAUGUACAAGGAUCAGAUCUGAUUGACUCUAAAGACAUAGCAUAUAAAAUGUGUCAAGCAAAUGGUCUGGAAUACAUCAAUGGAUAUGACCACCCUUCCAUUCUAGCUGGGGCUGGAACCAUGGGCCUAGAAAUAAUGGAGCAAGUCAAGAGUGUCGACGCUGUCAUAAUUCCCGUCGGAGGGGGUGGACUCAUCGCUGGGGUCGCCGUUGCUGUGAAGACGUUGAGCCCCAGCACCCUUGUCAUUGGCGUGGAGUCAGAGCGAUGUCCAAGCUUCACAGCAGCAAUUAAAGCUGGGAAACCAGUCAAGAUUGAUGUAAACCAGUCGAUGACCUUAGCUGAUGGUCUUUGUGUGUCUAAAGUUGGCGCGAAUGCAUUCCACACGGCCAAACCUUUGAUUGAUAAAAUGAUUACAGUCAGCGAGGAGUACAUAGCCCUUGCUGUGUUGAGAUUGGUGGAAGAGGAGAAGGCAACGAUUGAAGGCGCAGGUGCAACUGGUCUGGCAGCUUGUCUUGCUGGUUUGCUGCCAGAGUUAAAAGGCAAGAGAGUGGUGAUAGCCCUGUGUGGCGGGAAUAUUGAUUCUUCAGUACUGGGAAGAUGUUUGGAGCGUGGCCUGGCUGCAGACGGUAGACUGGUACGGUUUGUCGUAACUGUGAGUGAUAGACCUGGUGGCAUCGCGGAGUUGACGCAAUUGUUGGCUAACAUUGGUGCGAGCGUUAAAGACAUAUUCCAUGAACGAGCGUGGUUAACCUCUAGUAUAUUCAGCGUACAGGUCAAAGUCGUGGCUGAAGUACGUGAUCGUGACCAUGGCAAUGAACUUAAAGAGGCACUGUCAUCGAAAUACGGCAAGGCGUUCAUAUGGGGAGCUUUCUAUGCCAACCAGGCUCUCAGCUAAUUAGGAUAUAAACGAUUUUAUCGAUGCUAGGAUGUAUUAUUAUUAUUAUUAUUACUAGUAUUUUGGGGGUUGUGAAAUUUUUGACGUGAGCAAUAUUUAAU